AAGCCCACAAAAUUGAUCGGGCCGCCGUGACCCGAAAACUACCGGAACGAUAAUAAUGGCGGGAAACAGAUUCGAGGAGGCCGCCGGCACUCUUGACGCCGAAGAACCUAGAAGAAGAAGAAGAAGAACACGCCGAGAUAGCGUUAAGGAAGUAGAGAAAGAUGGAGAAAAAAAUAGUUGCCGGAAUUGAAGAGCUUCCAAAGACUAUAGUUCGUCGAGUGGUCAAAGAGAAGCUUUCUCAGUGCUCUCGUGACCAGGACAUCUCCGUCAACAAAGACUCGCUUCUUGCGUUUUGCGAGAGCGCUCGAAUCUUCAUCCAUUACCUCUCCGCUACGGCGAAUGAUAUAUGCAAGGAAUCAAAGAGGCAGACGAUUAAGGCGGAAGAUGUAUUGAAAGCUUUAGAAGAUAUGGAGUUUCCAGAAUUGGUUAGGCCUCUAAAGGCCUCCCUCAAUGAAUUCAGACGCAAGAAUGCUGGAAAGAAGGCAGCUGCAUCAAGAGAAAAAGAAGUGAAAAAGAAAAGGAAGGUAGAAGAGCCAACAGUUGAAGGUACAGAUGGUGAAAGUAUAGAUGGCGUUGGAGAUGAUGAUAAUGAUGAAGAUGAGGAUGAAAACGAGGCCAGUGAUAACUGAGAAACAUGGUCUGUUUCUCUAAUUAGGUACUUGAAAUGAGGUUACUCUACACUUGUACGUUAUUUAUUUUCAAAUUAGAAAGAACCAAUUUAUGAGAUUUUAUGCGAAUCUUCUAGAAUAUCCUACACUUGCAGGUUGUAUAUUGUGAACGGCAGCUGCACAUUUUAGCAAGUUCUGUAUCUCUUUGUUAGCAUGGUUGGUUAAGAGAGUUCCCCCCAAUACCUUAUUAGUUCAUUUGUUUACUGCGUUUCUUUUUGUUAGGUUAGGAUGCAAAGACAUUUAGGUUACAUUUACCCUGUGAAAAUGCAAUAGCUAUCAUUUCUGUUA